CCACCAGAGGCCCCGCCAGCCGGCCGUCUCCGCUGCUCACCGGCCUGUGAGGAAAGGUCCCGUACGAUGACGGAAACGACGCUGGACACGACACCCGAGUGGCUGGACCGCGACUUCGUGGCCACCUGCCUGAGCAAGGACGACGGAGCCGCGGGGCUGCGCGUGAAGUCGUUCGCGGCGACGCCGCUCAACACGGCGGCGCAGGUGGCGGGCAGCCGCGUGCUGCGCCUCGCGGCGGAGCUGGAGGCACCGGAUGGGAGCCCGGCGCAGCCGCGCCGGCUGGUGCUGAAGACGCCGGCCGUGGGCAUGAGCGCGCAGCUGCAGCAGACCUUCCGCAGGGAGGUGUUCGUCUACUCGCGCGCGCUGCCGGACGCGGAGGCGGCGCUGCGCGCGGCGGAGGGCGCGUCGUUCCACCCGGUGGCGGCGCGCUGCCUGCUGUCGGGCGAGGCGCUCGUGCUGGAGGACCUGUCGGCGGCCGGCUUCCGGCUGGCGGCUCGCGGCGCCUCGCUGGACCUGCCGCACUGCGCGCUUGUGGCCCGCGCUGUGGCGCGCCUGCACGCCGCCUCCGCGCCGCUCGUCGACCGCCAGCCCUACGUCGGCGAGCUCUUCCGCGACUCCGCCUUCUUCAACGAGGCGUCGCGCCCCGACAUGCAGCACUUCACCGAGAAGAACAUGCUCGCCGUGGCCGAGGCGCUCGACGCCGUGCCCGGUUUCGCAGGGUACGCGCAAAAGUACCGCCAGCUGGCCGUCAAGAUCUUCGACCGGCUGCUGGCUCUGCACCGGGACCAGGAGGGCCGCAUGCGCGUGCUGCUGCACGGCGACCUCUGGCGGAACAACCUCAUGUUCCGCUACUCCGACGGCCGGCCCGUCGACGUCAGACUGGUCGACUUCCAGAUGGCGUACGUUGGCUCUCCAGCUCAAGAUCUGCAGUUCUUCCUGUACGGGAACGCGAGCGAGGAGGUGCACCGCAGCAGCAUGGAGUACCUGCUGUCGGAGUACCACUGCGUGCUGCAGUCGACGCUGAGCGCGAUGGGCGAGCACGAGCGGGCGGCGUCCUACCCGCUGGAGCAGCUGCGCCGCGACAUGGACGACCACUCGCUGCUCGGCCUCUACUGCGCCUGCAACGCCAUGGGCUUCACGCUGGCGCCCAGCGGCUCCGCCAACGCCAUCGCCACCAACGCCUCCAACAGCCCCGCCGUCCACCGCAGGGUCUUCACCAACCCCGCGCUUCUCUCCUACAUCAAACACGUCACGCCCAUCUUCGAGAGCAAGGGGCUCCUCUGACACGCAUCCUACCACGAUCCUCUCGCUUAUAGCUGAAACGAGGGCGAGAACUAACCACGAUGUCGCCAGUUUGUCACGGAUGUGCGAUGCUUGCUCUCGGCAGUAAGGCGUGUGCGUGCUGCAGGAGGCUAUGGCAGUGGUGGGUGACGAGUUAGUGAGUGCGCAUUUUGGUGAGAGCGUCUGGUCGCCACUUAAACCCGUACACUAGAAGAAGACAUCAAAAUUCAUCAUGUUCUUGUAGAUGUGAUCCCAUGAUCCAGUCUUCUGUCUACUCGACUCAUGCGUUGAUCUUCUCAUCUCUGUACGUCAACCUCCCUACUGAUCUUUGCCUGUCACUUUACUUUCAUCGGUUUGCUGUUCUUUCCAGAGCCAAGUUAGCCAUUCGUGGUUACCUUAGCACAUGUCCGACUAAUCUGUCUCUUCUUUUAGCAUGUGUUUCUUCUGAAUUCUUUGUCUGUUACUUCUAAACCUUUUUAUUUCGUAAAAUACCUGGUUUUGUCCGUUAAAAACGGUUUUAUGAAAGCCUGUAACUGAAAAUACAUAUUUUUUCUGCAACCAGCUAUAGUUUUCUUUUAUCCAUAUUUUACACGACGCUUUUCGGGAGAUGGCAUUUUGUCUGUGUACUACGCCAUUUUUACGUAAUGUUUUUGGUGUGUGAGGUUCUCCUUUGUUUUGCUGCAAUCUAUGAAAAGCGUGCAGUUUUUAGUUGGUUAUCGGUUUUCAUAUGUAGUUAGUGGCGAAAUUUGGAAGAGCUUCUACUUACACUUUUCUAAAAACGUAAUUGUAACUAUUUAUGUAAGUUAUUUUCGAUUAAUAAUGUGCACAGAAAAUUGUUGGUGAUGUUUAAAGACAUGUGCGAGACUGUGCACAAAUGGACCAUAAGAAAACUGAAAGCACUAGUUCUUCCAAAUUUCGCCAGUAGCUGCAUAUUAAAAUCGAUAACCAACUAAAAACUACGUAUUUUUUAUAUAUUUUACAUUAAAGUCAACUAAACAAAGAAGAAAUGCUCACACAUCAAAAACAUUACGUAAAAAUGGCAGAGAAUAUAAAGAAAACUCAUUUUUAUAAACAAACCUAUCAUAGAAUACCGAUCGGUUUCACAAAAAAAUCCCUUUACAAAUGUAACACUGGGCUUUCAAAUCUGAUAUUCAGCUGCUCCUUCCGAGAUGUUUAACAUGGACUUCACUGAUUGAGCGGUCUUUUUAGAACUUUGAGUGUGUUUGAUUCCUUCCAGCACUUCUUCCUGCCACAUUUCAGUCUUCUCCUCUUUCCACGAAUCCAUGCUUCUUAUGUCUUCCACAAACUGUGUACCUAUUUCAAUAUUUGAUGCUGUUACAAUUUACUCUUCCAUUCCAUCUUCAUAUUAAACCUUUGCGACAUUGCGCUAUCCGUUCAUGAAAUCAUACUUUUCAAUCAAACUUUUUGCUGUGUCAUAAAAAAAGUUUAAAUUUUUCGGCCUCUAUUAUAACUAACCGAAACGUCGAACAUUGGGGAAGCUGCUGUGGUCACUGUCCCAGAAGACUGUCAUUGAAACUGUCAACAGCUGUGGAACAUUAUGGUCGUGUAAAUGUUAGAAUUAUUAUUUUACCUGUUAUCCAGCUCAAGAUUGCAUUGCACUACGGCACAAGCCUGUAGUAAUAAAUGACGAGAAACUGGUGUUAUAAGCAUAUCAACACUUCCAAAGUCACGUUAUUUGUGGGUAUACACAUGAAAGACUAUGUUAAAUGUGAAAUCUAAAUAUUUCAGUGACUGUUGUAUGAAUCCUCUACAUAACUAUCCGAAAGAGCGAUUUAGAUUUGUAAGUUCUAGGAUAAGAGCACGAUGUGUAGAUAUAAUUCAUAAUGCGAGUCACAGAAAUUGAGUAGAUAGAAGAAAUUCUCGGUUCACAUGAAUUAUUUUUGGAAUCUAAUACACGUUGCGAUGGACUGACUUAAAGGCAUACUUGAGGGUGAUGAAUAUAUCCACAAAGCAAGCACAAUGAGUUUUUGCAGGCUUUAUUGUUGUCUGUAACAUCUGUGUAUUGGCUUCGCAGUGGGGAACGCCGAUGACUUCUGUCUAGAUUCACUGGAGAUAUCUACAAAGACAGCUAAUUACUUCAAACCACACAUAAGGCCAGUAGUACUAAGGUAAUGUAUGGAGACAUUUUACAGGCAAAAUUUUUAAAUAAUUGUACUUUAGACGUCUAAAAUAUGAACAUGUAAAAUAUAUCGAGUUUUAAAGCAAAUAAGUAAUCAAAUGACAACUAAUUUGGGAAAAGAUAGAUGCGAAAUUACUUCAUUUUUCUGAUGUAUCACUGGCUGCCUGCAAGAGUAACAGCUUGUGGUACGUUGUUGUGGCCCAUCGAACAAGUGAAUAUGUGCCUAAAAAAAUUAGCAGUGCACUAUGCUUAUUUUGACCUAUUUGCAUGACUGUCUCUCUCCUAUAACAGAAGUCUGCUGUUAUAUGCUUACAAAAGUAUAAAGAAUUCCUUCAAAACA